ACCAUGCAAGCUCACACACACACACACUAGCUAAUAGCUAUAUGACAACAAACCUUCACUAAUAAAACCCACACCCUUCCCUUUGCAAACACCUCCCCCACUUCAGCCCCAGCUUACAUCUUCAUUUCCUAACUAUCUUUUAGAACCAAACCCAUAAUUUUAUUCUCCUAAAUAUCUUGUUAUUUUUAUAGUUUUUGUUUGAUCAGAAAAUAAUAAUGCAAGGAAAAAGUAGCUGUGAAUUACCUCCUGGUUUUAGGUUCCACCCAACUGAUGAGGAAUUGAUCAUGUAUUACCUUCGUAACCAAGCAACAUCUAAGCCAUGCCCUGUCUCCAUAAUACAUGAAGUUGAUAUAUACAAGUUUGAUCCCUGGCAAUUACCUGAGAAAGCAGAAUUUGGUGAAAAGGAAUGGUACUUUUUCAGCCCUCGUGACCGGAAGUAUCCGAAUGGCGUAAGGCCUAACCGAGCAACAGUUUCUGGGUAUUGGAAGGCUACUGGCACAGAUAAGGCCAUUUACAGUGCUUCUACUUAUGUGGGUGUCAAGAAAGCUCUUGUGUUUUACAAAGGGAAGCCACCGAAGGGUAUUAAAACUGAUUGGAUCAUGCAUGAAUAUCGUUUAAAUGAUUCAACAAAGUAUACCAUCAAACAAAAUGGAUCCAUGAGACUGGAUGAUUGGGUCUUGUGUAGAAUUUAUAAGAAGAAGAACGUAUCAAGACACUUAUUAGAGGAGAAGAUUGAAGAUACAGAUACCAAAUUGGACAAACCUGGUGUUCAUGAUGCUACUCAACAACAGCAAAUCUUGAAAUUUCCGAGGACCUUUUCGCUUACUCAUCUAUUAGAAUUGGAUUACAUGGUUCCAAUUUCACAGCUUUUGAGUGAUAACACAUACACUUCAUGUUUCGAUUUUCAAAGUACGAUGACCAACUGUGGGACUGGCAAUGUUGAGAAAUUUCAGCAAGGAGAAAUACCUCAACAACAUACAGAUUCUGGGAAAUUACAGGUGAAUCAGGGUAGCAUCUUCAACCAAUCACUAUUUGCCAAUCCAAUGGCUUAUGAAUUCAAGUGAUUGCCUGAUUUCGGACUAGUUCAAGAACUGAUGAUUUCGGUUUUGUUGUAAGCUAUGUUGCACGAAACUUCUUACUCCCACAUUUCGGCGUUUUAAUUAAUAUUUUGGACUGUUCCGUGCUAUAUAGGUUAUAGGAUACGACUGUGUUCGACACCAAUUUACAAGAUGUCGAAAUUGUUAAUAUGCAUAUUACGCGAUAGUAAAUUAGAUCAGCUAGGAAAUUCUGAGUGUUAGUGUAGUUUACACAUAACACGAAGCUUGAAUGAUGUACAUGAUCAUUACAUUCACCAAAUGAAGCUGUUUUUCUUUUUGUUUA